GAACUAAAAGAGCACGGCUUUGUUUCCCACCCGGGCGCUUCAAGGAACGGACCGGAUUCCCUGUAGGGGGACCCGUGAGAGGGACGGACCGUGGUUGACAUCCGUCGGGAAGGAAACCAGGAAGAUGGAGGAAGUCACGGAGGGCAGGUGGGCUUCCUUGCCCGUUCGGCUGAGCCCAGGCGUCUUGCGGGCCUUGCAGGAGCUGGGGUUUUCCCACAUGACUCCCGUACAGUCUGCAACAAUUCCGUUGUUCAUGACAAAUAAGGAUGUGGCUGCUGAAGCAGUAACUGGCAGUGGCAAAACGUUAGCGUUUGUCAUCCCCAUCAUAGAAAUUCUGCUUCGAAGGGAAGAAGCACUCAAGAAAAUGCAGGUCGGUGCCAUUGUUAUCACGCCCACGAGAGAGCUGGCUACUCAAAUAGACGAAGUGAUAUCCCACUUCAGAAAGCAUUUCCCACAGUUUAGCCAGUGCCUUUUAAUUGGUGGGAAGAAUCCCAUGGAAGAUAUCGAAAGAUUCAAAGCAGGAGGUGGAAACAUCCUUGUCGCUACCCCAGGUCGUUUAGUGGACAUGUUCCGGAGGAAGGCGGAGGGUCUGGAUCUGGCCAGCGCUGUGAAAUCUCUUGAUGUUCUGGUCUUGGAUGAAGCAGAUCGGCUUUUGGAUAUGGGCUUUGAAGCAAGCUUAAAUACCAUUUUGGACUUUUUGCCCAAGCAGAGACGGACGGGCCUCUUUUCGGCAACUCAGACCCAAGAAGUCGAGAACUUGGUGAGAGCGGGCCUUCGUAACCCUGUCCGUAUUUCGGUAAAGGAGAAGGGGGUGGCUGCGAGCAACACCCAGAAGACCCCUACCCGGCUCCAGAAUUACUACAUGAUCUGCAAAGCCGAUGACAAAUUCAACCAGCUGGUCCACUUCCUUCGUCAACACAAGCCAGAAAAACAUCUGGUCUUUUUCAGUACUUGUGCCUGUGUGGAAUAUUAUGGGAAGGCUCUGGAGUCCUUGGUUAAGAACGUGAAAAUAAUGUGCAUCCAUGGGAAAAUGAAACACAAGCGCAAUAAGAUCUUCACAGAAUUCCGGAAACUUCCAAGUGGUGUCCUUGUUUGUACUGACGUGAUGGCUCGGGGCAUCGACAUUCCUGAAGUGAACUGGGUUUUGCAGUAUGAUCCUCCAAGCAGUGCAAGUGCAUUUGUACAUCGCUGUGGGCGCACUGCGCGCAUCGGCCACCAAGGCAACGCCCUUGUUUUCCUCCUCCCCAUGGAAGAAACCUAUAUAAAUUUUCUCGCCAUUAACCAAAAAUGUCCCAUGGAGGAAAUGCAGCUGCAGACAAACGUGGCGAAUGUCUUGCCCAAAUUGAAGUCGCUGGCUUUGGCUGACAGAGCUGUAUACGAGAAGGGGAUGAAGGCAUUUGUGUCUUACAUACAAGCCUAUGCCAAACACGAGUGCAGUCUGAUCUUCCGGUUAAAAGACUUGGACUUUCCCAGCCUGGCCCGAGGCUUUGCUUUGCUGAAGCUGCCGAGAAUGCCGGAGCUCAAAGGCAAAUCUUUCUCAGACUUCACGCCCGUCGAUGUUGACACGGAUUCCAUUGCCUUCAAAGACAAGAACCGGGAAAAGCAGAGGCAGAAGUUUCUAGAGCAGCGGAGGAAGGAGAGGCAGGAGCAAGAAGGGAAGAGGAAGUUCACCCGGAAUAAAGCCUGGUCGAAGCAGAAAGCCAAGAAAGAGAAGAAGAAAAAGAUGACCGCAAAACGGAAAAAAGAGGAGGGUUCGGACGUAGAAGAUGGCGAUAUGGAGGAGCUCCUGAACGACACACGGCUCUUAAAGAGGUUAAAGAAGGGCAAGAUCAGCGAGGAGGAGUUUGAGAAGAAGCUGCUGUGCAGGGGGAAGGACGUCCAGCUGGGGCCCGCGAGUGGCUCUGAUUCUGAAGGGUAACGUGGUCGCUGAAGGCUAGUCUUUCCAAUGUUAAUAAAAUGGAUUUUUUAUAUAUAUA